ACAAGCAUCAUGUCAGUCAUUUCCAUCAGAUUUACCUUCACAUUAUCAUUUUGUUGACUUGAGCACAUCUGCUGCCUCAAAACUUCCCUGCUCGUCUGCCUCCAGCAAAAUGAGGACCCAGCAGACUCUGCACGUUCCCACCCCAGUGAGACACAGCCUCGCUUUGACUAAAGUGGCCGGGACCCCCGUUUACCUCAAGCUGGGUUCAUCUCAGCCAACGGGAUCGUUUAAGAUCAGGGGCGUUGGUCACCUCUGUAAAACUUGGGCAGAGAGAGGAUGUGAGCGAUUUAUCUGCUGUUCAGGAGGAAAUGCUGGCAUGGCUGCUGCUUAUUCUGCACGCCAGCUCGGUGUCCCCACAACCAUCGUGGUCCCGAGCGUCACCCCGAACCCAACGGUGGAGAGGCUGAAGGACGAGGGGGCAAAGGUCAUCAUUCAAGGCAAGACUCUGAACGACAGCAGUGAACAUGGACAGCAGCUUGUAGAAAACAGCCCAGGCUGGAUCUUCAUCUCUCCCUUUGAUGACCCGCUCAUAUGGUGAGAAAGGGCCACACGUCUCUGGGAGCUGCAGGGUGACCUUAAAGAGAAGCCUGGAGCCGUGGUGGGAGGCGGAGGUUUGCUCAACGGAGUGGUGGAGGGCCUCCGUCGAGCUGACUGGGCUGACGUGCCCGUUGUAGCCAUGGAAACAGUGGGAGCGCACAGCCUCAAUGCUGCCGUGAAAGCAGGUGAGCUUGUCGCUCUGCCUGCUGUAACAAGUGUGGCGACCAUGCUGGGCCUGGCGAGGGUUUCUGCACAGACCCUGAAACUGGUGGGCGAUCAUGUAGUUUUGCCUGAAGUUGUCACAGACCAGGAGGCGGUGGAACCCACCUGUGGAGCUGUUCUGGCCGCCGUGUACAGCCACACUAUCAAAAGGCUGCAGGAGCAGGGCAAGCUGGCACAGCAGCUGGGCCCCGUGCUUAUUGUGGCGUGCGGCAGCAACAACAUCAGCAUGGAGCAGCUCCAGAGGCUGAAGAAGCAGCUUGGCGUCCUCUAG